UCCGUUUUCGUGUCUGGUCACGUCAACAUGGCGAGUAGAAAGUCUUUGCAGGCAAAGAGAGCGAACGGAGACAAGUACUCUGUCCUGUUACCGACAUACAACGAGAGAGAGAACCUUCCUCUGAUCGUGUGGCUCUUGGUGAAAUAUUUCGGGGAAAGUGGGUAUGAUUAUGAGGUCAUUGUCAUUGACGACGGAAGCCCAGAUGGGACACUGGAGGUGGCAGAACAGCUGCAGAAAAUUUAUGGAGCUGACAAAAUACUUCUGCGACCGAGAGCAAAAAAACUGGGCCUUGGCACGGCCUACAUUCAUGGCAUGAAGCAUGCUACUGGGAACUUCAUCAUUAUAAUGGAUGCAGAUCUCUCCCACCAUCCCAAGUUUAUCCCGCAGUUUAUCAAAAAACAGAAGGAGGGUGAUUAUGAUCUUGUGUCUGGCACUCGAUACCAAGGCAGUGGAGGUGUGUACGGCUGGGACUUGCGCAGGAAGCUCAUCAGCCGGGGAGCCAACUUUUUGACCCAGGUGCUGUUGAGACCCGGCGCUUCAGACCUCACAGGAAGCUUCAGGUUAUACAAGAAGAAAGUGUUGGAGAGUCUGGUUGAGCGGUGUGUCUCCAAAGGCUACGUUUUUCAGAUGGAGAUGAUCGUCCGAGCCAGGCAGCUUAACUACACAGUGGGAGAGGUGCCCAUCUCCUUUGUGGAUCGGGUUUAUGGGGAGUCCAAACUCGGAGGGAAUGAGAUUGUUUCGUUUGUAAAGGGACUGCUCACGCUGUUCGCCACGACGUGAUCAGCGACCUGCCUUCACUUGGCGUCUCUUCAAAGUUCCAGCGUCAGACCAGAAAGCAGAUAUCUGUCCAUACUAGGCAUUGAACGAACACUGAAGGAAGAUGAAGCUUUACAUUCCCAUUAUCUUGAGUCUGAUUUGGUGCCUCAUCGCUCCCAUCACUGAAUCUGAACCGAACCCUGAUUUGUUUGUAUAUAAUAAAUAGUUUGUAUUCCUGCCA